AUGGACCAGAUGGGCGCAGAGCUCUGGAGGUUUGUCAAGAACCUGUUGACGUCACUGCGGGCUGUCAGCGAGCUGCAGAACCAUGCCAUACGGCAACGCCACAGGGCUCAACUCGUCAUCACCACCAAGGUGAGCAACGGGCAGGCUUUCUACUGGCUGUCUCAGCUGAGGCAUCGCUGGGACGAGCAGCAGAGACACUGCAUGGCUAACAUCUGUGAUGUUCAGUUCUUCUACUCCUACCAAUACCUGGGGAACACCCCUCGUCUGGUCAUCACCCCCUCAUUGACCGGUCAGUGCUACAUCACUCCGACCCAGUCUCUCCACCUGACUAAGAGUGGGGCCCCGGCAGGUCCUGCUGGCACUGGGAAGACUGAUACCACCAAGGCCCUGGGAGGGGCCCUGGGCAUCAUGGUGUACGUCUUCAACUGCUCUGAACAGAUGGACUACAAGUCUAUAGGGAACAUCUUUAAGGGCCUAGACUGGAGCCUGGGGCUACUCGAUGAAUUCAACCGUAUCUCUGUGGAGGGCCUGUCAGUGGUGGCUGUGUAG